AUGGAAACUUUGGCCAUUGCUGUAAAAAGAGCUCAGGAUAAAGCGGCAGUUCAGCUCAGUGAGCUGGAGGAAGAGAUGGAACAACGAAUACAGGCUGUGGAGCAUAAAGUUAAAAAGGAAGAGAAGCGAAAAGCUGAAGAAGCACUAAAUGAGCUGAAGCGCCAGUAUGAUACUGAAGUUGGGGAUCUUCAGGUGACAAUAAAAAAACUUAAAAAGCUGGAGGAGCAAUCCAAAAAUGUAAAUCACAGAGAAGAUGUGGUUGAACUGAGAAAAAGAAUACAUGAUAUGUUGCUGGAAAAUCAGAAACUUAAGAAAGAUCUUUUAGAAGCACAGACAAAUAUAGCUUUUCUACAGAGUGAAUUAGACAGCUUGAAAAGCGAGUAUGCAGAUCAGACUCUGAACACUGAGAGAGACCUAGAAAUGAUCCGAGAGUAUACUGAAGACAGAGAUAACCUGGAAAGACAAAUUGAAAUACUUCAAUCAGCUAACAGAAAGCUACAUGACAGCAAUGAUGGUUUAAGAACAGCUCUUGAAAACAGUUUCAGCAAGUACAACAGAUCAUUGCGGUUAGCAAACACGUCACCAGGAAGUACCAUUUCUAGAAGCAGUCCUAAAUGUAAUGGUGGACAGUCUCCUCUUUGUGUGGAUGAAGAUUAUGAUUCUUUAGCCCUUUGUGAUCCUAUGCAAAGGAUAAACUAUGAAGUUGACAGCUUACCUGAGAGCUGUUUUGACAGUGGUUUAUCUACCCUGAGAGAUUCAAAUGAGUAUGAUUCAGAAGUGGAAUACAGACAUCAAAGGAUUUUUCAAAGGUCACAGUGUAUGCAAGAAAGCUUUGGUGGUGAUGCUUCUGAUACAGAUGUUCCAGAGAUCAGGGAUGAAGAAGCAUACAGUCCUGAUAACAGCCGUACACUGUUAGACUGGAAGACCUCACAACCAGUAAGUCGAAGCAGCAGUUCAGAGAAAGCUUACAAGAUUGUUCUUGCUGGAGACGCAGCAGUGGGAAAAUCCAGUUUCCUUAUGAGACUUUGCAAGAAUGAAUUUCAAGGCAAUACCAGUGCAACCCUGGGUGUGGAUUUUCAAAUGAAAAGACUAAUUGUUGAUGGAGAACCUACAGUGCUACAACUGUGGGACACAGCUGGGCAGGAAAGAUUCCGAAGUAUUGCUAAAUCAUACUUCAGAAGAGCAGAUGGUGUCUUACUGCUAUAUGACGUAACGUGUGAAAAAAGCUUUCUUAAUGUGCGAGAAUGGGUGGAUAUGAUCGAGGAUGCAACUCAUGAGAAUAUUCCAAUUAUGAUGGUGGGAAACAAAGCAGAUCUCCGCCAAGCCGUUACAGAACAAGGGCAAAAAUGUGUGCCUAUAAAGUGUGGAGAAAAGCUGGCUAUGACUUACAGUGCACUAUUCUGUGAAACAAGUGCUAAAGAUGGAUCUAAUAUUGUAGAAGCAGUUCUUCAUCUUGCUCGGGAAGUACGAAAACGAAGUGAUAAUCAAGAUGAUACGAGGUCAGUAACUAGCCUGGCUGGGACACCUGUCAAAAAAUCAGCACUCACGAAAAACUGUUGCAAUGUUUAA